AUUUUACAAGUGUCAAAGUUUUGAAACUGCUAACUUCAUUCCUUUCAACUUUCAACAACACAUGGUGAUGACAUGUGUUGUUGCGCUGGAUUGCAUAAUUUCGAUUUUAAGUAAUAUGUGAGUGCCGAAAAUUAUCGAAAUGGAGAUUUUAUGGAAUUUAAAAGAUCUAUUGCCACCCCCAACAAAUACAUCUAAAGUGAAAAUUCAAGGAACAGAUGUCCUAAACUUACAUAAAAUCAUCAAAAAAUUCUUUCGAGAAUUCGAAAACACACAAUGCAUAAACCAGGAAGCAGCAAUGUUAUCACGUAUAAUUUAUCGUAUGAAAUAUAAAUUUCGUAGCGAUAAAGGUUUCAAAAAUAUGGAAAAAGUGAAUAGAGCUCUUUUACAAUAUUUAAACAUGAAUUACGUUCAAUAUAUCCAAACAUUUUUAAAUACAAUCGAUCUCGAAGACAUCAAUAACGUCGACAUAUAUUUACCAACGAAACAAAUGCUAGAAUAUUUAUUGGUUCGAACUCAAGGUUUUGCAAAAUUAAUGCAACGUAUCAUAGAAUCGUGUGAAAUAACGGCGCAGUAUAUGAGUAGUCGAAUUAGUAUUGGCCAAUCGUGGAAUCUAGGUUUGUUAGUUGUUAGUAAUUGUAGUCGAAUCCAUUUUAUUUCAAAUUAUUUACUUCAAAAGUCGUGUGAGUUUUAUAAUGGAAUUGUUCCAUAUUUGGAUAUAUUACAACUUUCUGGCGUAAAAUGGUUAGCAGAUGAUUAUAAUUUUCCAUCAGAUUUAUAUUUAUGGUUGAAUAUUUCAAAUGAAAAUCCACAAGAAUUUCCUCAAAUUACGAAUGAAACAGGUUUUGAAAUUGAAACAAAUUGUAAUUCAAAUACGAAUAUAGAUUUUGGAGUUAAGAUUGAUCGGGAAUCACUCAACACACAAGAAGGCAAAGCCUCGAAGAAACAGAGAAAAAAUAAGAAUGUCCAAAAUUUACAAUCCAAGGAAAAUUCACAAAAUAAUAAAACAUCUCAAACUAAAGAUAAUACCGGUUUUGAAGCUGAAACGAAUCGUAAUAUUGCAGUUAAAAUAAAAAGGGAAUCAUCACUCAUACCACAAGAUAAAACUUCGACGAAGCGCAAGAAAAUCAAAGGUAUCCAAAAUUUACAACCAAAUGAUAAUGUCCAUAAUAUAAGCUCAGAAGGGAAAGUUUUGGAAACGAAGAAAAACCAAAGCGAACAUAAAGUAGAUAGCAUUACGGAUUUUGAAAGUUUAAGAUCAUUCAUGAGAAAAGAGGAUAAAUAUCGAAAAUCUGCAAAUAAGAAAUCUUUAACCAAACAUGUGGAUUUAUUACAAUGGAAAUUAUUACAAAAAGUUGUUUGUAAAUUUAUGAAGAAAAUGGUUAAGGCUCAAGAUAAUAAGAAAACUACAACAAAAUUAAUUGGGAAAAUUAAAAAAAUUUUGAAAAAUAAUAUUGUGAAUUAA